AUGAUGAAGAAUCCGUACGAGGAGAAGCACAAGGCGCUGCUGACGCGCAUCACAGGCUCGGUUGUGCGCCUGAACGACGUCAUCAAGGAGAUCAACACGCAGCUCGAGCAAAACGAAAAGUACUACGCCGAUAUCGAGUACACGAGCAGCAUUUGGGUCGGCUACAAGAAGCGCGUGCAGGCGUACCGGUCGGCGGCGACCGACGAGGCCGCGUGAGCUGCCAUCACUUCGGCGCGUCUCGGAUUGCGUCAUCAGCUUUGUAGGACGUAACUCGCAGCGGCGAUAUUAGAUGUGAGAGGUACUUGCGUGCGAAUAGCCACGAUUUUGAAACGCUCUCGCAACGUUGCAACACCA